CUCUUUAGAUUUUGUACAGAAGGUUUGCCCUUGGUUUGCUCAGGAAGGUAACAGUAUAUUUAGCUGCGGCUGCUUAUGUUCUGUUAACUUGGGUCCCCCAAAGUGUUUGCGUUAGAAUCCAAAUGUAAGACACUGAGGGACCCUGCCCUCAGCUGGAUCUGAUUGGUAAAUAAAGUUGCCAGCAGCCAAUGGCUGGUCAAGGUAGACAGGGGCGGAACCUUUAAGAUUCCCAGGUUAGGGACUCAGGGAGAGAGGAAGGAGAUCCAUGAUGCACAGAAAGGUGGAGGAGGGGAGACACCAUGUCUGAGAAGGUGCAGGACAGACCGCAUACCUGCUAGAGGGGAGAGGGGACGGGUCAGGCAGGGGAGAGCAACCCCAAGAGGGCUGCCUGCCUGUGUCCAGGGCUGCAAAGAUGGAAUACAGAAUUUAGUAAUAACUUGGGAAUAUCGGAGGGAGGUGAAUUAGCCACAUGGAGGCUAGGAAGUGGCCCAGCCACUGAGCUGUUUUAGGCAUAUCAAAAUAUAAAGGCUGUGAGUGUGUUUCAUUUGGGCACCCGGAACACUGGGGCGGGUCAUGAGGAAGUGCCACCGACGGGAUCAAUUUAAGAUUUGAAUUUAGCAACCUGGAAAAAAGGUUGGGGAAAGACUUCAAAUCUAUUAUGAUGUGCAUGGACCAGGUAAAAUGCUUGUUACCUUUAGUCUCUGACCUUGAUUAUUGAUCGAGAUAGUUUAGAUCCUAGACAUGAGAGGGAGAAAUGGGUUACAGGGAAGCAGCACCUGGAAGCAGCACCCGUCCAGGGAUGUUCUGACAGAGGAGGAAGAAGAAACUGAAGCUAAGGUGCCUGCUCUUACAGUCCAGCCUUUGUAUAUGGAAGCAGUGCUUGGGCUUCCCCUUGAGAAGGAGGAGGAAGAGAAAGAGGAGGAGGAGGAGGAAGAAGAAGAGAAAGAGGAGAAGGAAGAAGAUGAAGAGGAGGAGGAAGAGGAGGAGGAGGAGGAGACCCUUGAUGCCAGAGAGACUGAGCAGGUGAAAAAGGAAGCUGCUAGGUAUCAUAGGGAGGAGAAUUCUUUGUCACUUGUUGCCUUGGCAGAACUCAAGAUUCCUUUCAAGGACAAGUUAGUUACAGAGAAAAUCCAACAGCUACAAAGUGCGUUUACUUUGCUGUCUGUGCAAGUGCAAAAAUUACAGGUUCAACAGGCUCAAGGGGAGAUCUUGGGAUCAUCAGAGUGGAUUCCUAAGCUGAGAGCCAGCGAAAGCUCAAGUGUCAUAGCUGGACUGGACCGCCCUACAGAGGCGGAGCCACCGGUUGUAGGAGUGGUGAGAAAAGUAUCUGACCCUGAAAUAGGUGGCCAAAAGAGGAGAGAUGUCCAGGGAUCUCAUUUUGCAUUUCCAGCUAUUGAACAGGUCGGUCCUCAAGGUAACAGAGUCAGAGUUUACCAGCCUCUUUCAUUUAAACAGUUAAAGGAAUUUAAAUCUGCUUGUGCUCAACAGUAUGGCCAGCAACCCCAUUUAUUCAGGUUAUGAAUUACUGUCCACAGAGGCCCUCCUUCCUGAGGAUUGAAGACAACUGGCAGGGGCCUGCUUGUCAGGAGGAUAUUUUUUCUUAUGGAAAUCAGAUUUGCUGAGCAAUGUUGAAACACUGCCGGUCAAGCACAACAGACACCAAUUAUGUUUCAGAUGCUAGCAGGGGAGGGACAGUAUCGUGAGACUGCUCCACAGUUAUAUUCUGAUCCAGCUGUUUAUGAACAAGUUAAUGUUGCAGCUAAGAAAGCCUGGGCAAAACUAUCUUCUACAGGGAGACAGACAGGAUUUAGCUAAAAUCAGGCAGGGUCCAGAUGUGUAGUUUCAAGAUUUCGUGGCCAGGUUGCUGCUGACAGUAAGCAGAGCUAUGGGGGAUACCGAGGCAGUAUUUUAUAAGAUGGAUAAAGUCUAAUUGUUUUAAUCAAAUAUUUAAAUAUUUUUAAAUAUAUAAUUUAUUUUUAAAGAAAAAAUGUGUUCUAACAUUGUCCUGUACAUAUCACAGUGUCACGGGAGAGUGCUGUGGAAGACUGUUUUUUUGGCACUUCUCACUGUGGUUCGGCAGCAGUGGUGCCGUGGAGACAGAGCGCCCGCCGACAAGCAUGACUGAGCAUGAAUGUUAGGCCGUAAGGAUGUGCAUCCAAGUU